UGGUCUUCUGUCUCUGGUGUAACGGGCGACCCGGGAAACGCUCCUCCCGCCAUCAGCCUCCGUCCCGGGCUCCUCGCGGGCUCUGCCCCCCUCCUUCCUCGCACCCCAAGGCCUCGUCGAGCGCGCAGGCGUGCAGAGCUGCGUGGGAAUGGCUGUUGGGGACCGGGGGUUGGGCCGUUCUCAGCGAGCUGCAUGAGUUUGUAAUGUCCGCCAUGUUGGCCAUGGCGUACUGAACCGGGGAGGAACAGCGGAGCGCAGCAGCGAAACAGACCGACAGAGAGCGAUCGAGACCCGGGCCUGCCCGGCUCUGUUCGCGCUGCCACGGACCCGAGCCCGCCUUCCAUCGAGCGCCUGGAUCCUGGAGCCCGCCACGAUUUCUCCAUGAGAACUCGAAGCAGACCUCCUGUUACUCCGAGCAGAUCGAAUAGAUUUAUGCUGCAUCUCUUAUCAUAAAAAUGAGUAAAUUAUCGUUUCGGGCGCGGGCGUUGGAUGCUAGUAAGCCCCUGCCCGUCUUCCGCUGCGAGGAUUUGCCGGACCUGCACGAAUAUGCCUCGAUCAACCGGGCCGUUCCGCAGAUGCCGACGGGGAUGGAGAAGGAGGAGGAAUCGGAGCACCAUCUCCAGAGAGCGAUCUCGGCACAGCAGGUCUAUGGCGAGAAGCGGGACAACAUGGUUAUCCCGGUCCCCGAGGCAGAGUGCAACAUCACGCACUACGAGUCCCUCUACCCCGGGGAGUUCAAAAUGCCAAAGCAGCUUAUUCACAUACAGCCUUUCAGUUUGGACACAGAGCAGCCGGAUUACGACCUGGACUCAGAGGACGAUGCGUUUGUGAAUAAGCUGAAGAAGGGGAUGGAGAUCACCCAUCUGCAGUUUGAAGAAAUGAUCGAUCGUCUGGAGAAAGGCAGCGGACAGCAGCCCGUCAGUCUUCAGGAAGCAAAGCUGUUACUGAAAGAGGACGACGAGCUGAUUAAAGAAGUCUUUGACUACUGGAGCCGUAAGAGGAAAACCUGCAAAGGAGGCAGCCUCAUUCCCAACGUCAAGCAGGAGAAGAGGGAUGGAUCCAGCACCAGCGACCCUUACGUGGCCUUUCGCCGGCGGACGGAGAAGAUGCAGACCAGAAAGAACCGUAAGAACGAUGAAGCAUCAUACGAGAAGAUGCUGAAGCUGCGCAGAGACCUGAGCAGAGCCGUCACCAUCCUGGAGAUGAUCAAAAGGAGGGAGAAGAGCAAAAGGGAACUCCUGCACCUCACUCUGGAGAUCGUAGAGAAGAGGAACAUCUUGCCUGACUUUGGCAGUGAGGUGAUGGCAGAAGCUCUGGCGCAGCGGGCUCUGGUGAAGCCCGUCUACACAAUCCCCAUCAUUCCCCAGUCCAGCAGUAACCAGUACCGGCACCAGGACCACUUGGACAUGAGGGACUACAAGAAACCCGACAAGGCCGAGGCGGUACGGACGAAAAGGAAGUAUGAGAAGAAACCCAAAAUCCCUCCGUUGCUGGCGCCUCAGCACUCGGGGCCCUCCGUGUUCAACCCCAAGGACCUGAAUCAGUACGACUUUCCCAGCUCGGACGACGAGCCCUUCUCUCAGAUUCAUUCAGGUUCUUCUGAGGCGGAGGAGGAGAGCGACCCAGACGGCUGCUUUGCAUUCAGGAGGAAGGCCGGCUGUCAGUAUUACGCUUCCCAUCAGGACAAGAGCAGCAGCUGGCCCUGGGUCAGCCCGUUGGAGGGCGGGCUGGGAGACCCACGCUUCCGCUACAGCCUGACCUCUCUCAGCACGCCGCGCCGCUGCAUAGGUUUAGCCCGCCGUCGGGUGGGCAGAGGGGGCCGCAUCCUCUUGGACCGAGCCCACGCAGACGUCCAUGUCAUCUGCCAGAGUCUGGACUCCAGCCCUCAACCCGAACCACUCACCUCAUCUCCACCAGGCUCUCUGCUCCACACCUCCAACGCAAGUACCUCAGAAACCAAUACCUCGGACAGUACCAGCUCGCCCCGCCGUCCCUCCUCGUCAUCGCCCCGCUCGCCUUCCGCCUCCAUGGACCUCAGCCAGAUUCUGUUGAACAUUAAAUCUUGCCGCUGGAGACAUUUUAAACCUCGGACGCUAUCCCAUCAUCCCUCGGGAGGGGCAGACUCGUCCCAAAAAGGAUUUAGGGAUUUUAAGCGGACUGCUCCAGGACUAACCCGGACCCUAUCUGGAGGAGCCAACUGUCAGAGCCGCGUCGGACCCGGCUCCACCCCAGUUAACGUGUUCACCGCUGAGCAGUACCAGCAGCACCAGGAGCAGCUGGUUCUCAUGCAGAAGCAGCAGAUGGAGCAGAGCCAGCAGUCAGUACAGACGUUGGUGUCCAAGACUCUGGACCAGGCCAGCGCUCAGUUUGCUGCUUCUGCGCUCAUCACCACGGACCAGCUGCUGUCCUUCAAGUCCAAAGAGGAGCUGCUGCUGGGGGGCGGAGUCAACGGGAUCCUGGCAGGCGCAGGUGUCUUCAAAGGUCUGCACCUGACCGCCGCAGCAGCGCUGCAUCCGAGCAGCCAGCCCGGCGCUGCGGCGCCCGCCCUGCUCCAGCCCUCCUCCAACUCAGCGGCGCCCACGCCCGCCAACUCCACCCCCAGCGCUCACGCGGCGGCGGCGCUGGGACUCCUGGGAUGCAGCGCUGCCGGGGCCACGCCCACCACCACUCAGGUCCUCAUCGGGAACAACCUUUGUCUGAGCGUGCCGUCGGCCGCCAGCCUCUCUGGGCGCCACCUCCCCCGGACUCUGGGCGCCGUGCCACCUUCUGCCUUAAAGCUGUCCACCAACCUGCAGAUGCCCAAGGUCAGCGGGGCGUCGCCCAUGGAAAUGGGCGCCAGGGAUAACCACGACGAGGAGAAGCCGGCUCUGAACAGUUUAGCAGACAACACAGUGGCCAUGGAGGUGACGUAGCGCGGCGGCGGCACACGGGCGGGCGGCGCCGUGCAUCGUAGCAUCUGGAGCGCAGACGGACGGACGGCGAGGGCCGCCAUUCUCAUCUCUCAGUUUUUCAAGCUUUUGUUACUGUUGAAAGUGAAGUGUGGGCUGGUGACGGACGGCGAGCGCAUCCGUGUACAGUAACCACGUCUUUGUGAUCUCCCGUGUGUAAAUACGACUUGAAGACAGAAAUGUUCAUUUGUGAUGUUUUGCACUUGGAGUCAAAGGAAACAGAGUUGACUUGUGGCGAGCGUGAAGCUGUAUAGAGAAGAUUUUAUCACGUGCAUGGUGCGGAGCCUGCUGUUUGAUCUAUUUAUUGUGCUGUGUUUACAGGUUUUUCUUUGUUUUUAGCUUCCGUUUGUUUUUAUUUGUACACUGUACUUCUCGGUUCCUGUGCUGUAGUAAAUGUUCGGUAGCUACGGACUCCUGGGUAUUUUUGUAUAUCGUGAACACAAGCAGGCCCCCCCUCACCUCCACCUUCAGGAGGCGGGGGAGCUGCAGGUAGGGGGCGCUGUCACCGACGCUCCAACACCAGAAACAAACGGGGAUGAAGUCUCUUCCCAGAAGCCCCUGCUGCUUCUGAUUUAAGCACUAUUUUUGUGAGUUUUUGUUUGUUUUUUUUGUUGGAUUUUGAUAAACAUGAAUGCUGCUUUUGUAUUUGGUUCGUUUUGGUUUUUUUGAAGGGGGGGUUGUCCUUCAUUUUCAUGCAAUCGGGGUUGUCUUUGUUUUAUCCCAAAAAGAUUUUUGUAAAGAAAAGUCAGUUAUUUUUGUAUCUUUCUGUUCUUGUGGUAACUUGAUUGUAAGCUUUUCAUUCAUUCUUUGGUUCACGUGUUCAGAGGGGAUGGAGGGGGAGGAGUCACUGAACAUCUCAUCAUUCCAGGUGAAAGAUGGAAAAACGCUGAGGACAGCUCUUCUCUCUUUUCUCUCCACUCUUCUUUUUUUCCUCCUUUCUUUGGAAAAAGAAACUCCAGACGGCUGCAAGGCCAAAAACCACAAGUAUUGGGUGCCUUCCUUUGGGGAAUUACAUGUUCUCUCUUCUGUGAAGAGUUCGACACAAAGGCAGCAUUACUUAGUAGUGCUUCCUGUCUUUGUCAGAAUCUGAAUGCCCAGUCCAAUGGCAGGAUGGAUCCAUGAGGUUUACUUGUCCCACCUGGAGGCUGAAAAGACUAAAAAAAUGUGACAAACUCACUAAAAUAAGACAAUAAAGCCCAGGGCAUUAAAUGUGAA